CUCAGCUGGUUCCGCCGGCGACGCUCGCCGGGCCGCGGCACGGAGCGGCGGCAGUUUCCUCGCGGUCGUGCGGCGGUCCGGGCUGCUCCGAUCUGCCUGACUCGGAGGGCUACGCAGCUUCCCUCGGCAGCGGGCGGGGCGGCCCCGGCCCCGGCCCCGGCCCCGCGCAGCGCGGGGCAUGGACUCGGCGGGCCUCACCGUGAAGCUGCUCCUGGUUGGGGACAGCGCUGUGGGGAAGUCCAGCCUCCUGCUGAGGUUCACCGAGGGCGCCUUUGAGCCGUGCCUGAAGCCCACUAUCGGUGUUGAUUUUAAAGUGAAGAAAAUGGUGGUAGAUGGCCACACAGUACAGCUCGCAAUAUGGGACACAGCAGGACAAGAGCGCUUUAGAACACUGACUCCCAGUUAUUACCGAGGAGCUCAAGGGGUUGUUUUAGUGUAUGAUGUUACAAGAAAAGACACUUUCACAGGACUAGAGAGCUGGCUGAAUGAGCUGGAAACGUACACCACCAGAAGCAACAUUGUGAAGAUGUUAGUUGGCAAUAAAACUGAUAAGCCUGAUCGUGAAGUAGAGAGAAGAGAAGGACUCCAGUUUGCUAGGAAACGCUCACUGCUUUUUAUAGAAACUAGUGCCAAGACACAGGAUGGAGUCCAACAUGCCUUUGAGGAGCUUGUCAUUAAGAUUCUGCAGACACCAGGUCUUUGGGAUAAAAGUGCAGAGAAGCGGGGAGUACGGCUGAUGGAGUCUUCAACACAGCAGGAGAAAAAUUUAUGUGGUGCAUACUGUCCACUUGCUUAAACCUACAGGUGUCUGUUCUGUCUGAACAGAGUGGACUUCUAAAAAUAUAUUAAUGGAUUCGAGGCACUAGACAGUUUCUGGUUUGGAUCUACACAAUUUGUGUGGCCUGUCAAAAACAAAAUCAUUAACAAAAUACAGUUUCUCCUUCCCUUGUGCACAACUGAUAUCUUCAGGUAUCAAUAUAAUGAUUUUCUGGUAACUAUCAAAUUUUCUCCAAGAAGCACUAUGAUUUAUAGUGAGAGUUAAUACUUUUGCUGUUCGACAUUUAACAUAUGCAUGUUCUGAAAUUCCCACUUUACCAUAAAAUAAGGCAGUGUUCCACUCUGGAACUUUACUGAAAAGCUUCUCUUCCCCACAAUGGCAUGGGAGGCUCCUAGGCAGCCAAGUUCCUGUGAAUGUAAUUGUCAGGAGUUGUGAGCAAUGACAUUAUUUUCCUAUUCCAGAUGCUUUUAAGCAGUGAAAAUUGCUAUAUGUCCCCAGAGAGAAAGUUGAGUUACUACUUAAUUUCAGAGUUCUAGUGAAUAAACAUAUUCUCAUAACAUUCUGCAAGGGGAAAAAUAGACUUGCCUGUGAAGGAUGUUGUAGGUUUAUCCCUUGUUCCUCUUAAAUAACUUGUACUGAGGAUCACUGGUGAUCUGGAGUCAUCAUUUUGGGCCAGUUUACAGUGUGGUCCUUGCUGUUGUUAACAGAGCUCUCUGCAAACUCGUGUUCCUGCUCUCAUUGAGCAAUUGCAGGACUAAAACUAGGGUUAAAAUAAAGCCAGCUGGUGGUGGAAGAUUUUUCCACUGGAAAGAGAUUCUUAAUUGCCUAUUCAGUUAUGAAGUUCUGCUAGCUAGCUGCCUUCUUUCCUUUUUUUCCCCCCUAAACUCACUGCCUUUUCUUGAAAACAGACUUUGAGUCAUGGAAGAUGCUAUCUUAGAGUCACGUCUUGGCAAUAAUGCUUCUAGAAGACUUCUGGUUGGCUGCUUGUAAUGCUUUAAAAGUACUUGAAUUCUGGGGACAACAUUAAAAACAUAAACUGAAGCGCUUGUAAACAAGCAACAGAUCCAAAGACACUCUUUUGUUACAGGACAUAAACUAACUUCUUUGUUCUGACUUGUCUGUCUUAGGUUAUAUAAUUUGAUGAUUCAUAGCUAUAAAGGUAAUUUAAAGUAGUAAUAGGAGUGCUUUCCUGAAUAACACCAGUGACUUGUCAUGGGUGCUACUACAACACAGAAGGCUUAAAACAAGUAUAAACUUCUACCUCAUUUUGGAGCUAUUCUAGCUUGUUUUCCACAAAUUUGUUCUUCUUGGAGCUGCUUUCAUAUGUGAAAAGUAUGUGCGUGUGUGUGCACGUGCGCACAUCACUGCCACUAGAGUACUUGUAUAGAAAUACCUGAUGUAUUAGAUUUUUGCAUCCAUUUCUGUUUGUCUUGCAAUGGACGUAAGUGGCUAUGUGGCUGCAAUAUCAUUCCUGUGCAUUUCCCUCUGCUGAAAUCUUAGUCUGAGGAAGAUGUUGUCGGAUCUUAUAAUGGCUUUUAAUGUUCUUAGCAGAUGCUGUGGAAACGUAUCUACUUACAGUCUACAGAAAGACUGCUCCUUACAUCUCCAUAUUGGUUUCAGUAUAUAAAGUGUCCCUUUGCAGUAAUGUCUAUUCAUAUCCGCUUGUCAGAGAAUAAACGAGAAAGCAGUUUCUGCUGGUGUGACCUACAGCAUCUAGAUAGGCGCACUGCAUACAGCUCACAGAGGGUAUGGAGUUUUAAGCUACUGAGCGUUCAUAUGCAAAAUGUGAGCAUGUCAUAAUACAAGAUUGUCUGGAGUCCUCAGGUAUAAAUGUGAAAAACGGAGAGCCUGGACACAAGUAAAUAAAACUAGGAAGUCAAAUUGAGAAGCUGGUAAGCCGUGGCAACUAACAAAAACAUAAAGCCAGGUAGACAGGCCAGGAAGAAGAGUCAUGAGAAGGUGGAGAUGACUGACUUCUGAUCACCAGGCCAUGUAAUGGUCCUAGUGCAUUCUCUGCUCUUUGCUUGUGCUUUGUUCUCAUGACACAUGUGACUCUUCUGCACUGAUCCUGUCACAAAGGCAGCGACUUUUUUCUGUGUGUCUGCUGGGAAUAAGGAGGCGACUGAAGAGAAGACUACAUGUUCCGUUGCUGUCUGUUGAAUGUGGGCAAAACUGCUUAGCUGGUCUUUGCUGCAACAGGUAUCUGCCUGCCUUAGAAGGGCAGUAUGGCCUCAUUUUUAAGAGUGGCUUAUUUUUUGAAUAUUAAACAGCUGGCUGCCCCUUUAAAAGGAACAUCAUUUUCCUUCAUACUGGGCUUCAGUUUGCUGUGAAUGCACUCCUACUCGAUGGAUGCUCCCUCUGCUUGUAGUUGGGGGGAAAAACAAAACAAAACCCAUCUUGAUUAGUUUAUGGAUUUGUUUGGUUUAUAGCGAUGACCAUAGUGAUUUCUGAGGGAAACAAGCUAAAUCAAUGGGUCUUUCAUUCAGUUCUGAACAUAGCCAGGUCUGAAAGUAGUAAUGUAAUAUAUUCAUAAUCAUUCCUAUUAGUAGCUACAAGAAACAUCUCUAUAGAGUUCCAGAUUUACAAAAUAAAAUGUGAAAUCAAGCA